AGGGCCAAUUGGGGGCUCAAAGCCGAGAAGAAUGUGACUGGCGGACAGCGAUCAAUCAGAGGGGAGAAGUGGAUCACUGACGUCCAAUCAGAGGCUUUAAGAUCUCUGUCGUGGGCGGUGCUGGCGUGAGGCCCACGGGCCAGCCAAUCAGCAGGGUUGAAAAUUGGCAGUUCUGAGGCUUUCAGACCAAAGAAGACUUUCCUCUCUCACUGACAAUCGCCACCAUGAUUCAUAGCCUCUUCUUGAUCAACUCCUCAGGAGAUAUUUUCCUGGAAAAACAUUGGAAAAGUGUGGUCAGCCGUUCUGUUUGUGAUUACUUUUUUGAGGCGCAAGAGAGAGCGACUGAGGCAGAAAAUGUACCUCCAGUUAUCCCUACCCCUCACCACUAUCUCUUAAGUGUUUACCGUCACAAGAUCUUUUUUGUGGCUGUGAUCCAGACAGAGGUCCCACCUCUGUUUGUUAUUGAGUUCCUUCACCGCGUAGUGGACACAUUUCAGGAUUAUUUUGGAGUCUGUUCAGAGCCAGUGAUCAAAGACAAUGUGGUUGUGGUUUAUGAGGUACUAGAAGAGAUGCUUGACAAUGGGUUUCCAUUGGCUACUGAGUCAAACAUCCUCAAAGAACUGAUAAAGCCUCCCACUAUCCUUCGAACGGUCGUCAACACCAUAACAGGAAGCACCAAUGUGGGUGACCAGCUUCCUACUGGACAGCUGUCAGUGGUGCCCUGGCGAAGAACUGGGGUGAAGUACACCAACAAUGAGGCCUAUUUUGAUGUGAUCGAAGAGAUUGAUGCUAUCAUUGAUAAAUCAGGUUCCACAAUUACUGCUGAGAUCCAGGGGGUCAUUGAUGCCUGCGUCAAGCUGACUGGAAUGCCAGACCUUACGCUAUCCUUCAUGAAUCCUAGGUUGUUGGAUGAUGUCAGCUUCCAUCCUUGUGUUCGUUUCAAGCGCUGGGAAUCUGAGCGUAUUCUCUCCUUCAUCCCUCCUGAUGGAAACUUUCGCCUGCUCUCUUACCAUGUCAGUGCACAGAAUCUGGUGGCAAUUCCAGUGUAUGUUAAACAUAGCAUCAGUUUCCGGGACAGUAGUUCACUUGGACGCUUUGAAAUAACAGUGGGACCGAAGCAGACUAUGGGGAAGACCAUAGAGGGAGUGAUUGUCACCAGCCAGAUGCCCAAAGGGGUCCUGAAUAUGAGCCUCACUCCAUCUCAGGGGACACAUACAUUUGACCCAGUUACCAAGAUGCUGUCAUGGGAUGUAGGAAAAAUAAAUCCGCAAAAGCUACCAAGUUUGAAGGGGACCAUGAGUCUUCAGGCUGGAGCUUCCAAGCCAGAUGAGAACCCCACAAUUAAUCUGCAGUUUAAGAUCCAGCAGCUGGCCAUUUCUGGACUCAAGGUGAAUCGUCUGGAUAUGUAUGGAGAAAAGUACAAACCCUUUAAGGGCAUAAAAUACAUGACCAAAGCUGGAAAGUUCCAAGUUCGAACCUGAAGGGAGAGUUUUGCAAAAAGAACAGUCAUGAACGCUUUUUCAUUUCUUACUUUCUAAAAGUAAAAAAUAUCAGCCUGUCUCCUAGGUCAGUAUCCCCUUCUGGACCCACCCGCUCCCUUUUUUCCUUAGCCUUCAGUGCCAUGGAGCUAAUCAAGGGAGAGAAGGGUCGCCAGGGAGAACUGGACAGAACUGAAACACAAUCAGCACCAACUCAGUUCUGCGAGAAGAGAUGUGUGACGGAGGGUGGAGACACUUGAUGCCAUAUUUGACUAUUCUUAACGUGGCUACCAUAGAAAAAGACUAGCAUUUGUUACUUGCUUGGCUUUAAUGAUCUAAAGCCAACGAACGACUUCUUUUUGUUUUUUAAGGUAGAAAGAUUAGAAAGAAGGAAAGAAAGCUUGGAAGAGUAUGAAUGUUAGUCACAGAAAGGCCAGUUAAGGAUCUGAUCUAUGAGGGAGAAGAAAGGAAACAGUAUUGAAGAGGUAUGAGGACACAGGCUCAAGUGAAAGGGGCAGGAGAAGUAGUCAAGCCCCAUAUGAAGGAGGGUUGGAAGGAAAAGAGUGGAGUUGGUUUCUUUCUGAUCCCUCUACUUUGAUAUAUAUAUAUAUAAAAUCAUCAGUACUUCUAGAAGGGAACUGGAAACUUCUUAAAUUUGAGUCCACUGAUGACAUGGAAAACCCCAGUAGAAUCAGAUUUUCCCUUGAAGACUAUGACGAUAUCCGACCAGUUUUCAGAUACUAACUACUGUUUGCCUUUAGCACUUGGUCUGUCAUCUUCUGUGAGAAGGUGACCUGCCCUCUUCCUGGCAGAGGCCGCCUGAAAUGCCCCGUUUCCAACCCAAAACAGUUUAUUCACUUUACAUUGCAGAAUUCACCAUUUUUCCUGUUACCCAAGGACAGUUUCAGAAAAGCCAAUCCCAUAAUCCCAGGGCAGCCAGAUUUUGUGUGUCACCGUUUUGGAGUGUAGAUGACCAACUGCUUCCUCAUGAAGUGCAUCAUGGCUGUAACCCAGUGACUCCUUACUUACACUUGUCAGUGCUGGACUAGUGCUGGAGUCUUUAAAAAUUUAUAUAAAAGACAGGUUUUAAAAUUAUUCUAGCUUAAGGAGUGAUAUUGUGCUCUGCUUAAUGCAUGGAGAAAAAUGAAGACCUCUCCAAACCCUACAAUUUUUCUCUAAAGCCCUGUUUCCAAAUCCUUCAGCAAUUUUGUUUUGCUAGUUUUAUCUCCCUACUUCCUGGACUUGUUUUUGCUGCAGAGUAAUGUUGUUUUGUGGUUUUCCUCUGGGAUAAAUUGUGCUCUAUACAAACAGUUGUGUUUCAUACUCCCAUCGCUCCAGAAUUUGUCCUGAAUGACUAUGUCCUGCAUACAUACUGGUAGGGUAGGGGAACAGCCCUGCCUAUGAGUCCACAAUACUCGGAAUUACUUCUGAGGGCUCUGAAGGAUUUUAAGGUUUCCUAGGUCAUAGGAAAACAACCAGUCUUGGUCCCUGGAUAUUUUUAGGUUUGUAAAUCUAGCUGUGAUAUUUCCUCCCAGACAGUUUCCUAAUUUCAAGGGAAGAACUUGAGGAGAAAUCAAGUAUCUAGGGUAUGGGACCUCCAGGCCUUAGCAUGUGAAGUAAUGUAUCACCUGCAUAGCAGACCUCUGGAGCCCAGUGGAGCAUCGCGGCGACCACCCAUCAGGGUGUCAGCAUAAGAAGUGCAGGCCGUCUUGGUUGAGCUGUUCGAUUCCAUACGUGUUUAAUAUGUGUGGAAGUAUCUCCUGUGUUUAAAUCGUAAUAAAGUUGAGUUUUACCAGU